AUAGGAAUUAGUCACAUUAAGUUCGAAGAGAGUGAUUACAUACUGUAUUUACCGGAGUUUAAAGUAGAUAACCGAUCAGAAGUGAUAUUGAGAAACCUGAUUGCCCUGGAAAUCUGCUCCCAAGAUGAAGAGAAACCCAUUACAAGAUACGCCAUUCUUAUGAACGAUCUGAUUAAUACGAGUGGGGACGUGGGUAUCUUGAGGCGAGAGGGCAUCAUCACCAGCAAGCUUGGAAGUGACGAUGAGAUUGCACAGCUUUGGAAUUCUAUGAUAACAUCCACAGAAAUGCCCAGGUACGAUCCUAUUGACAAGGUUGCUGAAUCCAUAAAUGUUUAUCGCAAAAAGUGGUGGAAAAUUCUAUGGGCUCAGUUUAUCAUGGUUCACUGUUCAAAGCCAUGGUUGUUUCUAUCUCUUAUGGGAGGGUUUAUACUUUUAGGGUUAACAGCCAUCCAAGUAUUCUGUAUCUUUGAAUUGUGCCUACUCAAAUAGACACUUUGUCUUCUACUCUACUAUUCCGGCACAAGACAUAUAGUCUUUUACUAUUAUAGAUGCAUAGUAUUUGACAUAUCAUUUGGAUUAAUGAAGUUGAAGCGAGUAACUUAAUUGUUCUCAACAUUAAAUUU